AUGCGUUUUCGUCCAUGUAUUGAUAUUCAUGCUGGUGAAGUGAAGCAAAUUGUCGGCUCUACACUCACUGACAAUCAAGACAUUAAACCUGUUACAAACUAUGUCGCUACGCAAAGUGCGGGUGAAUUUGCACGAAUGUACAAAGCUCAUGGAUUACUAGGAGGUCAUAUUAUUAUGUUGGGCACGUCGGAAGUCAACACAAAUGCUGCUCUAGAGGCUCUAGACGCUUUUCCUGGUGGACUUCAAGUAGGCGGUGGUAUCAAUGCUGAGAAUUGCCAGUUUUUUGUUGAAAAGGGUGCAAGUCACGUGAUUGUCACUUCCUACGUAUUCCGAGAUGGCGAGAUUGAUUUUCAUCGGCUCGAGAAGCUCAAGCAGCUUAUUGGCAAGGAACGUUUAGUACUGGAUUUGAGCUGUCGUAAAAAUACAGAGGACAACAAGUUUUAUGUCAUGACUGAUCGGUGGCAGACAUUUACGACGACUUCUAUCGACGAGGCUUUAUUUCACCGUCUUGCUGACUAUUGCGAUGAGUUUUUGGUGCAUGCGGUGGACGUUGAAGGCAAGCGGUGUGGUAUUCAGCAAGAGCUUGUGGAAUUGCUGGCGCAGUGGAGCCCUCUUCCCGUCACGUAUGCUGGUGGCGCCAGUUCCUUAGAUGAUCUGGACUUUGUGGAGCGUAUUGGCAAGGGAAAGGUGGAUCUGUCAAUUGGUAGUGCAUUGGAUAUAUUUGGUGGUGACAUUUGCUACGAAGAUGUGGUUGCGUGGGACAGAAAGCGUGCCAGUAACGAGGCUUUUCUUCAUUAA